AUGGAAGACAUGGACAUUGACUCGCCCCUCCCCUCGGGGCAGCAGCAGCGCGUCGAUUCGCAGCCACCACCCAACGCGACAGCCUUCACCCAGCUCGGAGGAGCCCGUGGUGGCGACGCCAUCGAGACAGACCCCCCUGCCUCAGUCGCCAACGGUCACGUCGCUGACGCGCCCUCCGCGCCCCUGAAUGGAACAAUGGUCAACGGCACACACCGCGAAGACGAUUCAAGCAGCAGUAGUGGCGCAAGUGUUGCGCCCAGUGUGAGCGCCACCACCGACGCCCUAGCCGAUCCAACUGAAGAUGACCUCGACCGUUUUCUGCAUCGCAUGGAUCAGGAAAAGAAACUUGCGCAACUUCAACAGCGCCUCGAGCUGGCGAGCAUUAAAACCAAUCAUGGUUGGGCGGACAUGAGCAUCAACGAGAUUGAGACGCGACUGCCUCAUGCCGAGCAACGCCGUCCUCAAGUUGUAAUUCCAGGAGGACGAGGGAUCGCCUACGAGCCGCCUUCGCCCCAGCGUCCUUGGCAACUGGCCGACAGUCUUUGGCAGAAUCUCCCAAAGCCAGGGCAGAACGGAGCACCCCCUCCUCUCUACCCCGUUACUCCUGGAUACGGACGUCGUCCUCCACAUGCCAUGCACGCGCCGUCGCACUCGCUCCCCGGCGGGCUGCCCAGCCUGGCGUCACUGCAAAUGCCCGGAGCGCCCCCGCCUCGCGGACCACCACCUGCCAGCCCCCGCAGACACGGUCGCAUGGAGGAGCACCUUUCGCGGCCCACUGCACCACCGAUGCGCCCUCCUGGGUACGGCCAUGGGCGAACGCAGAGCCACCACUCGGGCAAGUAUCCGCCGGGCUUCAGCAAUGGGCACAACGGCAGCAGCGCCGGGCACCGUCGCUCAAACAGCAGCAUUUCGAGUAUGCCCUUCCUUGGAAAUGACCCUUACCCCGUGGCGUCGCGGCAGAAGAAGGUGUCCAAAAAGCGUUCACAGUCGCACAGCAACCUGCGCGAGAAUCCAACGACGCAAGACGUUGAUGCUGCGCGCGCCUUGACGUCGAUGCUCGAGGCCGGACGUUCUCCAAACACGCCAUCGCACGAACGGCUUCCGAGCUUGGGAGAGUUCUUCCCUCCGCCUCACGACCACCAACGUGGGCCGCGGCUUCCGCCUCUUCAGUCGACGGCGAGCUUCCCUCCUGCCUUCCAUGGCGAUAUGCACCCUCCGCGGCAGCGGGCCCAGAGCUUUGCUGCCGACCCGCGCGACCCUCGUGGUCCUGGGCGCACGCUUCCGCCUCCGAUGGGCCCACCCGAGCUGCGCGCGCCGUCAAGUCACACUCGCAACCGUGGCACGAGCAUGGACUCGAGUGCGGCAUUCCGUGGCGGAUUCUGGCAGACGCACAACGCCAAGCCGUUCGGAAGGUCGCCGCGGGACUUUGACCGUGAGCGUGAGGCGCGGGAGCGUGAUCGUCAGCGUGAGCGCGAGCGGGACCGCAGCGAGCGCGAGCGCAACUCGGAGCGUAUUGAUGAGCGCAUCGAGGAGGUGAUGGCCAAUCGCCCCGAGGAAGAUCAGUCGGCCGUUGAGCUCAUGAUGUUCCUCGCGCAGUCUCCCAGUCCGGCACGCGAGCGUGCCCCGAGUGACACGCCGGCUGCGUCGUUUGGAGGAACAGCACGUGUCCUUUUUGCAGAUGACCCCCGCGAGCGCGACCAGCGCAUUCGCGAGCCUGCUCCCGGCCCCCGACCCGGCCCACCAUCGCUUCCAGCGCCUCGGCUGCGCUGA